AUGACGGUGAACUCUUCUCUGUCGUAUUUCAUCUUUACAGCUUAUAUUCAUGUAGGAUCCCUGAAGUUUUUGUGUUUUGUGGUGACUGCUCUGGUCUAUGUGGGAAUAGUGCUGGUCAACACGUCGCUCAUCGUGGUGAUCUGCAUGAACAGGAGCCUCCAUGAGCCCAUGUACAUGUUCCUGCUCAGCCUGUUUGUCAAUGAGCUGUAUGGUAGUACAGGCUUGUUUCCAUUCCUGCUGGUCCAGAUCCUCUCUGACCUCCACACCAUUUCUGCUCCUCUCUGCUUCCUGCAGAUCUACUGCUUGUACACGUAUGUACAUGUGGAAUUCAGUAACCUAGCCGUCAUGUCUUAUGACAGAUACGUGGCCAUCUGUGAUCCUCUGCACUAUAAAAGCAGAAUGACGUCUAACAGAGCGGUCCUGCUGAUCAGUCUGGUGUGGUUCUACUCGUUUGUGAAGUUCUUAAUUACUUUGUCCUUAAACGUCCGUCUGCCUCUCUGUGGGAACGUCAUCAACAGCUUGUACUGUCAUAAUUAUCUGGUGGUGAAGCUGGCGUGUUCAGACACUCUGGUCAACAACAUUUAUGGCAUUUUUGGUACGGUGGUGACCGUCAUCGUCCCUCUGAUUCCCAUCCUGUUCUCCUACCUGAGAAUUCUCCAGGUGUGUUUCUCUGGAGACAAACAGACCCGACAGAAAGCCGUCUCCACCUGCUCGCCUCACAUCGUCUCCCUGCUCAACUUCUCCUUCGGGUGUUUGUUUGAGAUCCUCCAGAGCAGGUUUGAGAUGAGCAGACUGUCCAGCCAGCUGAGGAUCGUCCUGUCGCUGUACUUCCUCAUCAUCCAGCCGCUGCUCAGCCCCAUCAUGUACGGGAUGCAGAUGUCCUCCAUCAGGAACACCUAUAAGAGAGUGUUCUGUUACAAAGUCUGGGCUGCUCACAGAGACGGGACCUAG